UUUGGGCUUCAUUGAAGUUCAUUGAUUAGAGACACUCCCUGUUAAGCUCCUAUUUUUAAAUUCAUAUUGACUAGGAGCUUUACAAUGUCUGCCCCACGGCUCAUUCAACGCCUCUCGCGGCCGUCAAGGUCGCCCUUCUCUCUCACAGCAGCAAUUGCCCGCCGCUCCUUCGGCAGCUCGGCUGUUCGUCUGAAUGAUGGCGAUGGGAAGGAUCGCGCGCCCUCUACAGCUCCGGAGCACCGCAAAUACCAGACUUCGAGGCCUCCGAACCAGGCUGUGCCCCAUUCAACUUCGACUAUGACCAAUGACUUCCCCAGCGUCUUGAGCUCCGUCGAUCCGAACUAUAAGCCGGUAGAUCCUUAUCCUGGCCGUGUCGAGCAUUACACCGGUGGUAGACAGCAGCCCGGUGCGCAGAAACCGGAGCUUGGUGUUGGGGAGAUGGAAGGGAUUACCUUCAAGGUCGAGCCGCUGAAGCGAACUGGGGAGGACCCGGCGACCAUGAGGGCUCGCUUGUUGUACCAGAGUAGAAAGCGAGGUAUCCUCGAGUCGGAUCUGUUGCUAUCCACGUUCGCCGACGUCUAUCUGAAAGAUAUGACGCCAGAACAGCUCCAGGAGUACGACCGUUUCCUGGACGAGAAUGACUGGGACAUCUACUACUGGGCUACGCAGGACCCUCCGUCUGUUGCGGACGGUCCAGCCGAGGAUACCGUCACGGAGACGUGGAAACGCACCGGAGCCAAGAGUGGUGAGUGGAAGCAGACCGUUGGUGCUUACAAGGCUGCGUAUAGGCCUGUCCCUUCGCGGUGGGCCGACUCCGAGGUCCUCAGGCUUCUGAGACAGCAUGUGCGCGAUAAGAGCGCUGUUGGAUUCCAUGCCGCGAAGAACAAGAAGACUGGCGGUUCUGGGCUGGGAAGAAUGCCCGACAUCCAGGUCUUUGAUAAAUAGGCUUGACUGUUACGUCUAUUGGGCAGAUCAAGGUAUGACGCAAAGGGACGGAUAUAUGUGUACUGUAUAUUUCAGCUUGUACUAUAGUAUGCCUUGAAUUUUUUGAUGCGCUCUGUAUGAGACAUCGAUGUCUUGACAGCAUUGUCUCUUAUGGUAUCUCAUGGUAUAUGACUAUAGUCCUCGGCGUAUGCUAUGUUGCUGAUGACUGUAUGCUCAAA